AAGGUUGGCAAGCCUGGGAGGAGUGACAGUGUAAACAAUCACCUUAGUGACUCAGCGCUUCCACUCUCCCUCCUCUCCCUCCUGCACGUUUCUCUGCCUCGCCACCACACGCCGCAGUGGCCCCAAGCCUCCGCUACACUCGCCUCCUCCUGCAGGGAUGGAAAGGAGACCCGUUAAGAGCGCUCAGCUGGCAGGCUCUCACCCGCACUCUGCACAGCGGGAAGACUGGCCGCCCCUCUCUCCUCCACCCUGUGACAUCAGCGAUGAUGAGCUGGUCAGCAUCAGUGUCAGGGACCUCAACCGCCAACUCAAGCUGCGGGGGUUGUGUCGGGAGGAUAUCAUAAAAAUGAAGCAACGCCGACGGACACUGAAGAACAGAGGAUAUGCAGCCAGUUGCCGCAUCAAGAGAAUUGAGCAGAAGGAUGAGCUGGAGUCAGAACGCACAACAGAACAGGUAGACAUCGAAAAACUCGUCAACGACAACAUCAAUAUGAGGACAGAGAUUGACAGACUGUACCAGAACUAUGAGGCCCUGAAGAAGUUUGCCAAUCUGAAGAACAUUCCUUUGCCACAAGACCUAGAGACCCUGUGACUGGAGGUGGCGCUGUAGCGAGGCUGGUGAGUCUGUGUGUGUCUUGUGUUGCAGGCAGCACGGCCCACCCCUCUAGAAUCACUACAGCGUUUGUCACUUAAGCAUUCCAGGUCAGUUGCAUUCACUCAGUGGGCACUUUGAGUCAGCCAGACCUUCACUCAAGGAAAUGGUGCUUUUAGCUAACUAAAUAUUUUAUCAUAGUCUGUUUAAGUGUUUUUCUUGAGAGGAGAUGGCCAUUGUGUGGGUGAGGAGGCUCGACUGGUGUUCGCUGGAGUCCCUCCCUGUCUCGCUGGGUGAAAGGCAAAACAGGUGUGGUUUCAGGACCUGGCAAAAGGUUCCUGAAGCCAGCAAAGUCUAAUGAGGCUAUUCUAUUGUGCCUUCUUAAAAUGAGUGUGAUGGAAAUACAAUAAAGUCCCCUCAGAUAGAGAAUAGGAGAGAUGUAUGACAUGUGUGACCUUACUAUUAAAUAUUAUAUCUUUAUUUACUGUUUAGAUAAAAAUAAUUACUUGCUAUCCUCAAAGAGUCUUUUCUUCAGCAUGUGUUGUUGCUAAGUAUUGAGUUUUCCUUCGCAAUGAAUGCAGCAUGGCCACUUAGAAGCCUGAUGAUGAGUGUGCCAUGUUGAGGUCUGAAUUGAAUACAGAGCUGACUCAUAACACAAAUAUAUUUUUUUGACCGAGUAGCUGUGUAUUAUGUUGGGUUCAUGCGCCAUGGUUUGGUCCUGAGAGGAAUCUCGUUGGAGGAAGAAGUGCCACAAUACUUUGAGGUUUUACUGUGUUGAUCUUGUGUUUGAAUACUAUGUACUACUACAAUAAGGAAUAUAUGUAUUACUUUUAUUUAGCAUUACCUGUUAUGGUAAGAUGGAUGGAGUGUAGCACUAGAUAGUCAAGAUGGUAUAGUUCAAACAUUGUACAAUAAACCGUGAUGUUUUCAAAGGUGUUGUUCCUUUGGGUCCUUUGUGCUUGCCAUGGAGAGUCACCUGUUCCUUUGGGGGGAGGUAGAAAUAGUUACCAAACUGAAUGUUUCCUUGUUUCCUCCUUGUGAUACAAAAAUCUGGUUCCACUAUGCUGUGGUAACCUUUGGUAUUUUAGCUCUUAUUUUGAAACACUUUUAGCUUUAUGGGGCUUAAAGUGUGAAUGAUGUGUGUAUGAGAGUGUGGUGCUCUGUCUGUGUGGGAUUGCUGACCUGAUAUAUAGAUAGAUUUUGAAACAGGUGUCAGAUAAUCCAUUUCCGCUGAUAACUGAUGAUCCUCAAUUCUUUCUUUUUUUCUUCUAUUCCUGUGUCCCUAAGUUUUCCCCAUUAAGAAUGAGUACAAGUCAUGAAGUAAAGGAUAAUAAUAUACAGGAUUUCACCACAUAAUUGCCACAAGACACUGAUGUACAUGGAAAACUAUCAGGGCUACAGUAUUACAGAAAAUGGACAGGUACAAAAAUAGCCACUGUUUCUGAAUGGAAGGCUUGUGUUGUAAUAGUCAGCCCCUUGAGGGUAAGCUGGAGACCUUCACAAAGGAGAAAUCUCAGGUUCAAACACAAAAUCUUUUAGGUUCAUACCCUUAAAAUACAUAUUGAGCUUUUAACAUAAUGGCCAGAUGACUUCUUAAUAACAAAGAAUGCAUCACAAACUGUAAUAUUUCCUCCUGAUUUUGAUGAAUCUAGCUAUAAUACCACAUAUUGCAAUGGUCCCCAAGAUUGCAUGACACAGUAAAAACACUUGUAUCCAAUAUACCUGAUGCUGCAGAUUGUUAAAAGUUACAAGAGGGUUUGUGAGAUGUAAAUAACUACAAUUCCUCCCCAUUACUGAGCCGGUCUUGCUGAGUGGGGCAGGGCAGAGCAGGGCAGGGCAGAUGGCAAGACCCCAAGAAACACUCAAUAAAGUGGUGGUGUUUUCUCUUCAUGGUAACCUUCAAAGUAUUGUGACACAGGAUAACUGAAAAAUUAUAUUGUAUUCUUUUGUUCUUACUCAAGUAAACUUAUUUUAACUCCA